UGCUGUCAGCUAGGCAAACAGAGAGAGGAGACCGGAGAGGAGACUGUCGGCCGCCUCCUGCCCACUUCUGUGCAAGUGGGGCAUGUCACCAGGUCCCCUGGCCCAGGGGGCAGCAGCGGGAAGUAGUUGCCACCUGUUCCUUUAGCACCUGGUGGUGACCACAGCCUGGGCCUCCGGAACCUGUGUCCCUCUGCCUCUCGUCCCUGUGUCCACCAGCCAGCCAGAGGCCAGGCCUGCUCCUCUCAGCCUGCAGGGCACCCAGAGGGUGGCGGACCCACGCGGGCAGCCCACACUUCUCCUACCUGCGUUCCUGGCCUUCCUGCAGGCCUGGGGGACUGGGACGGGUGCCAGGGGCCCGGCUGCGACUGGGGUGCGGCCCCGCCGGCGGCACGUGGUGGGACUGGGAGCCCGGCGCCCUCGGCUCCUCCCCGGGCGCCCCACCCGCCUGCCCAGGAGCCUGGGCGGGACGGGCCGGCGCCGGCUAGCAAGCGAGCGCCUCCAGGUGCGGGCCCGGCGGGAGCGCGCGUCCUCUGUCCCCUUCACGGACUCGGCGACCUCGGACCCAGGAAUGUGGCCUGGGACCCCAGCCAUGGCGGCACUUUGAGCAAGACCCGGUGACAGGCAAGGGCUGUCUCCUACCAACCCUGCCAAUUAGGCAUCAAGAUGCUGAGCCUGAAACUCCCCAGGCUGUUCAACACAGACCAGGUGCCCCAGGCCUUCCGCGAGCGGGGCAUCGUCUUCGGCUACCGGCAUCCACAGAGCUCGGCCACUGCCUGUCUGCUCAGCCUUUUUCAAAUGACCAAUGAGACUCUCAACAUCUGGACCCACUUGCUGCCCUUCUGGUUCUUUGCAUGGAGGUUUGUGACUGCACUGUACGUGACAGAUGUCCAGAAUGACAGCUACUCGUGGCCCAUGCUUGUGUACAUGUGGACCAGCUGUGUGUAUCCCCUGGCAUCCAGCUGCGCGCACACCUUCAGUUCCAUGUCUAAGAAUGCCCGGCACAUCUGCUACUUCCUGGACUAUGGCGCAGUCAAUCUCUUCAGCUUGGGCUCAGCCAUUGCCUACUCCGCGUACACCUUCCCGGAUGUGCUGGUGCACUCAACCUUCCGGGACUACUACGUGGCCCUGGCCGUGUUCAAUACCAGCCUGAGCACCGGCCUGUCCUGCUACUCCAGGUUCCUCGAAGCCCAGAAGCCUGGGCUUUCCAAGCUGCUGCGCGUCCUGGCCUUCGCGUACCCCUAUGUGUGGGACUCCCUCCCCAUUUUCUACAGGCUCUUCCUGUUCCCGGGAGUCAGCGCACAGAACGAAGCCGUCCUGUACCACUGGAAGCACACGGCCAUGACCCUGCUGGCCUCCUUCCUGUACUCUGCACACCUGCCCGAGCGCCUGGCCCCUGGCCGCUUCGACUUCAUCGGUCACAGCCACCAGCUGUUCCACGUGUGUGUGAUCCUGGCCACGCACAUGCAGACGGAGGCCAUCCUGCUGGACAAGGCCCUGAGGAAGGAGUGGCUCCUGGCCACCUCUCAGCCCCUGUCCCUCGCGCAGAUUGCCACCGCCCUGCUGCUGUGUCUCCUCUUCAGCCUCGGCAACAUCAUGUAUUUCUCCGCGGCUCUGUAUCGGACUCCGGAACCAGAGUUACAGAGAAAGGAGACAUGAACCUUGCAGGCCGGACGCUCCCUGUGCCUAGUGUCACUGCUAGGCAGUGACUCCCACAUGCUGUAAGGUGGCGGCAUAGUGCUGACUUAAAGGCCGAAAGGGCCCCAAGGACUUCAGAGUGCCUUUGGCUGGGCUCACGUCGAAGGGUAUUACUGGGAAUAUUUCUCUAAAUGGGUAUUGAUUCUAGAUGUGUGAUUUUAAAAUGGGCUCAAGUAAGUUUUUCUUUUCUCUCCUUAAUAUGGUACUGAGAAUUGAACUCUGGGCCUUGACACUGCUAUAUAUAUCCUG